GCGACGGGCCUCAGGCUGGGGUCCCUAGACCUCCCGGCCUGCAGGGGGCGCCGGGCGGAGCGGAAGGGCCUGCUCCGGAGCGUGGCCCAGGCUGCGCAGUCAUGAUCACCACCGAGGCCGCAGCGAAGUCGGCGCUCAUCGCCUUGCCUGGUGCUGAGGCGCCCGCUGAAGCCCCGGGGCGCGAGGAGCCGGGGUGGCCCUGGAAAGAUGCCCCGGUCCGGACGCUGGUGCAGCGUGUCCACCAGCUGCAGGCUGAGCGCGCGCGGGCCUUCCGCCAGCUGGAGGAAGGCCACCGCGAGUACCUGCGCAGCGGCCCUUGCUACGACUUCCCGCGCUACCGGAGCACCGUACACGAGGUGACCCAGGCCUUCGCCGCCGCCUCGCGGGAGGUGCUGGCGGUGGAAGCGGAGCUGGCCGGGCCCCGCGCGCAGCCGCUGCUCGCCGGCCACGUGCGCAGCCUGCAGCAGCUGGAGCAGACGCGCCUGGCCACGGUCGCCCUGCUGCAGCUAAUGGGGACUCCUGAGUGGACAGGGCAGGAGGACGCUGUGCGGACUCACCAGCUGAAGAUGAAGGUAAUUAAAACCAUGGAGGCGAUCAGCGAGGUUCUCCAGGACCUCAGGUUUGAUGUGGAGUCUGCUGAGUGAUGGUGGCUCCCCAAGGAAGCACGCGAGAGAUGGGAAACGCGGCGGAUGGCGCCCAGCCCAGCCCUGACCGCCAGCUGGCCGGGGUCAAGCCCCACAGGGCUGCCGACCCUCCUCCAGUUGAAGACUCCUCCCACAAUAAAGAACCCGUCCCCUG